CGGGCUGUGGCGCCGACACACCGGAGCCAGUCGGGGUCCUGGGUCUCAGGCUCUCGGCGGGGAAGCGGGGCGCGCGCUCGCCCACGCCCCCCACACUGCCGGGCGCACCCCCCUGCGCGCGCACGCCGCCACACUCGGGCGCACGCACACCGCAGCGGCAGGGGGACGGCAGCGUCCGCGGCGGUCCCAAGUGGUCGGGGCCACUCCGCAGAUUCGCCCCCCCCCACUUCCCGAGGGCGCCGCCCCGCCCCGCCCCGCCCCCUCGGACCCGCCGGGCCCGGGCACUCCGUGGGCUGCAAAGUUUCACGGCGCUGGUCCGCAGAAGCAGCGCGCGGGCUCGGGCUCGGCUCGGCAACUGGAGGGCCCUGAGCGCCGGCUGCGGCUCGGCAGGCGCAGACGGACGGAACGCGCGCGGCUCUGGACCCCCGCGCCCCGCUGCCCGGGCAGCGCGCCCUCCCGCCAGCCGCUAGGUCCGCAGCGUCCCGAGCUCCCGCACUCUCCCGCCUCGUCCUCCCGCUCCCCUGCCCCUUCUCCGCACCCCUUCACCAUGGCCCGCGGUCCCUCCCGGAGCAGCCGGGGGCCCCAGCUGCUGCCUCUCCUGUCUCUGCUACUGCUGCUGCUUCGGGACGCCGGCGGCAGCCACAAGACCCUCGCUCAGUCCCCCUGGUCCGCGGCCAUCGACGGCCUGGUGGCAGACAAGGACCCCCAGCGGUCCCAGGGGGACCCGGCCGCGACCACCUCUCUGGGCCCUGGAGGAGACCAGGACAUGGUCGCUGUCCACAUGCUCAGGCUUUAUGAGAAAUACAGCCGAAGGGGUGCGCGGCCCGGAGGGGGCAACACAGUCCGCAGUUUCCGGGCCCGACAGGAAAUGGUCAACCAGAAAGCCGUGUAUUUCUUCAACCUGACUUCCAUGCAGGACUCAGAAAUGAUCCUCACAGCCACAUUCCACUUUUACUCAGAGCCCCGGUGGCCCCGGGCGCGUGAGGCACCCUGCAAACAGCGGGCCAAGAAUGCGUCCUGCCGCCUGCUGCCCCCCGGCCCACCCUCACGUCAGCACCUGCUCUUUCGCAGUCUUUCACAGAACACAGCUUCACAGGGGCUACUCCGCGGGGCCAUGGCCCUGGUGCCCCCACCACGGGGCCUGUGGCAGGCCAAGGACAUCUCCCCCAUCGUGAAAGCUGCCCGCCAGGAUGGCGAGCUGCUUCUCUCUGCUCAACUGGAUUCUGGGGAGAAGGGCCUGGGGGUCCCGAGGGCCAGCCUUCUUGCACCUUAUAUCCUCAUCUAUGCCAAUGACUUGGCCAUCUCAGAACCCAAUAGUGUGGCAGUGACGCUGCAAAGAUACGACCCCUUCCAGACUGGAGACCCAGAGUCUGGGGCAGCCCCCAACAACUCAGCAGACCCCCGAGUGCGCCGGGCUACCCAGGCCUCUGGGCCCCUUCAGAACAAUGAGCUUCCAGGGCUAGAUGAGAGACCAGCCCACGCCCCCCAUCCCCAUCACUACCACAAACACGAACUCUGGCCCAACCCGUUCCGAGCUUUGAAACCCCGGCCCGGCCGCAAGGACCGCAGGAAGAAGGCCCAGGAGGUGUUCCUGGGCUCCUCGCCAGUACUAGACUUUGAUGAGAAGACCAUGCAGAAGGCCCGAAAGAAGCAGUGGGACGAGCCAAGGGUCUGCUCCCGGCGGUAUCUGAAGGUGGACUUCGCAGACAUCGGGUGGAAUGAGUGGAUCAUCUCGCCCAAAUCCUUUGAUGCCUACUACUGCGCGGGAGCCUGCGAGUUCCCCAUGCCCAAGAUCGUCCGCCCAUCCAACCAUGCCACCAUCCAGAGCAUUGUGAGGGCUGUGGGCAUCGUCCCGGGCAUCCCAGAGCCCUGUUGUGUUCCUGACAAGAUGAACUCCCUUGGUGUCCUCUUCCUGGAUGAGAACCGGAAUGUGGUUCUGAAGGUGUACCCCAACAUGUCUGUGGAAACCUGUGCCUGUCGGUAAGAAGAGUCACUCUGGGAACCUGGAAGCCUCCUGCCCAGCGCCUGCCUGGCAGUUCAGCACCCAUAGGUCCCUCUGGAGUGGGGGCUUAAUGAGUGGUAGAGCUGAAAGACAGAUCAGGGCCAAACACCAUCCUUCUGGGUUCCAGAAAGAUCUUUGCCCCAGAACAUCUUUCUGGGAUCUUCCAUUGCUGACAUCAUAGCUCCCUAAAUGCCAAUUUGGAUCUGAACACCCUGCGAUAAUCCAGGACUCAGUCCUGGCUGAUUUCUGAUCCUUCUGCACUGCCCUGAAGACCAGAAAAACCAAUGCCCAGCUGCCUCUCGCCGUCAUCAACCCAUUGCCUGCAAAGAAGAAUGAAAACCUGAGGGUCCCUCCUCCCUUUGUGUGGAAAUAACCUCUGUUUAAUCAAUUUCAAACACUUUGGCCUCAUAUUGAAACUGGAACCCAGGGCCUCCCUAAUGGUGUGGAUGUUCUCUUUCUACCAUCAUGGCAAAAGCUUUUAUACAUACAUUAUGAACUUAUAACCAACUUUGUUUUUUCCCCUUAAUAUAUAUUUUAUUCUGAAGCUAAAAGGAGCACGUUGACUUCCUAUACAGGAAUAAUCAUGUUGGUGAAGUGUACGUUGUUGAAACAUGCAUAUUAAAAUAACGCAUACAGUAAUAUGUUGGGAUACUAAAAAAUAACCAAGAUUUUUAUAUUUUUGUAAAUUAUACUUUCUAUACUGUAGAUUGUGUAUGUUAUGUGUUUUUAUGGAUAGCUAAUAAAGAUACAGUGGUAUC